AUGAACGACAAUAACGACAAUUCUACCACUCCAACAUCCUUGCGUGCUGCUGCUGCAACCGAUGCCACAGAUAAUGCAGCAAUUGGUGGUGGUGGUGUAGGCACAAGUAGUGGAGCGGCCGCCAAUAUGAUGAUCAACAGUUAUGGCAAAGAACAAAUGAAGAUGACUGCCGCCGCAGCCAGCAGUAAUGCAUUAAAGCAAUCGCUGAAAUUGGAAAACUUGGAAGAAUUUGAUAAGUUGCCAUACGAAAUACAUCGUUACUCUUCAUUUUCCACCAAUUAUGUGCCAGAAAAUAUACUUGUGGACUGUCCCAGUGAUCAGUCGUCGCGGUGGUCGGCCCACAACAAUAAUCCACCACAAUAUUUAACAUUGAAAUUGCGCCGACCUGCCAUAGUGAAAAAGAUAAAAUUUGGUAAAUUUGAAAAGUCACAUGUCUGCAAUAUCAAAAAGUUUCGAAUUUAUGGUGGUUUGGAUGAGGAACAUAUGGUUCUACUAUUGGAGGGAGGUUUACGCAACGAUCACAUACCCGAAACAUUCAAUUUACGCUGUGUUGCCAAGGAUGCUACAACAAGUCUGCCAAUUUUAUAUAUCAAAAUUGUUCCACUAUUAUCGUGGGGACCCACCUUUAACUAUAGCAUUUGGUAUAUUGAAUUAAUGGGCCAAGAUGAUCCCAUGUACACCAGUGGUUGUUUAAAGGAUUACAAUAAGUUACGUGAAGUGGAAAUUAUUCGUUUGUGUUUGAAACAUUUUCGCCAACAAGGUUAUGAUACAGCAUUCAAGGCCUUACAGGAUCAAACCCAUGUCCAAUUGGAACAUCCAUUGAUAAGCGAAUUACAUCAAUGUUUGGUGGUAAAUGGCGAUUUUGAAAAGGCCGAAAAGUUCAUAAGCGAUUGCAUUGAAGAGGGCCUCAUGGAUGACUAUUUGAAUCGUCAGGAUUAUAAACAUGCAUGGCGUUUGCAACAUGUUCAAGGAUCAGCACAACCAGGUAAUCGUGGUGGCCACCAACUGGUUAUGGAUGUCAAAAAACGUUUAAUCUAUUUGUUCGGGGGUUGGGAUGGCUUUCAAGAUCUAAGCGAUCUGUGGGUAUUCGAUAUUAAGGAUAAUUGUUGGACGCAAAUAUUUGAACAUUCCGAACAAUUCAAUGGACCCACACCACGUUCAUGUCAUAAAAUGGUCUUCGAUCCGGUCAGUGAGAACAUCUUUAUGUUGGGCCGUUAUUUGGACAACUCCAUUCGUACUACGGAAUAUAUAAAAAGUGAUUUCUAUUUGUAUGAUACGCGAGCUCGGACAUGGCUGCAAAUUUGUGAUGAUACAUGUCAGGUGGGUGGUCCCCAACUGAUGUAUGAUCAUCAGAUGUGUAUCGAUGUUGAGAAGAGAACGAUAUAUGUGUUCGGCGGUAAGGUUUUGACACCGCGCAGUGUUAAUGCCUCGACAACAAGUGAACCCGAAUACUCGGGAUUGUUUUCCUAUCACAUUGCCACCAAUACAUGGACUCAGAUAUUGGUGGAUUGUCAUCAUCCAACGGCAUCACAGCCAGAUGUUUUGUCCAUUAAAUCGCGUAUCACCCAUUGUAUGGUGUUUCAUAAUAAAAAGCGUAAAUUGUACAUUUAUGGUGGCCAACGUGGCAAAGAGGAUAUCCAUGAUUUUAUAACCUAUAAAGUUGAUACCCAAACAUUGGAGAUUUUAAAUAGCAAUAGCUCCAAUAAUGCUACAGCUGCUGGUAGCAGUAAUCCCACAAAUUCUUCCGAUGGUAAAAAUGAACCCUCACCUGGUUAUACCCUAAGGGCCACAAUUGAUUGCGAGCGUAAUGAGAUUUAUGUGUUUUCGAGUCUUAGCAAAAUCAAAGAUCGCCGUGAUAUUCAUCAUGUUGAUGCAUCAAAUUCAUUUUGGGUCUAUUCAUUGGACACCCAUCAAUGGUCCCGCAUCUAUACCAGUCGUUAUAAUGCCUCAUCAUCGCCUGAUAGUACAAAUUUUGAUAAUAGCCGAAAUAAUCUUAUGGAACCAUGCCCACGUUAUGCUCAUCAAUUUGUCUACGAUGAUAUGGCUAAAUUGCAUUAUAUGUUUGGCGGUAAUCCGGGACGUUCGACAACGCCUCAGCUAAGACUUGAUGAUUUUUGGAUAUUGGAAUUGGAAAAACCCAAACGUGAUGAAAUUCUCAAACAUUGCCGUUAUUUGGUGCGUAAA